UGUAACUGUGUGUAAAGACUUUUGCUGAUAAAAUGGGUCUGAUAAGACUUCUAAGUAUGACACAGGUUCACUGCUAACAACCAUCAACAUGAAGGCUGUGAUAAUCUUAAUGGCAGUUAUUACUCCAAUGGUACACGCAUUUGCCCUGAGGAUGUGUAAUACGGGGUCCGAAUGUAAUGCAGACGAAUGUUGUGUGUCCAACAACCCUCCCCGUGGACGCAGAUUCCUGGACACCCACAGUCACCUUGGACAUUGUGUUCCCAUGGGAACGGACGGGUCUAGUUGUCUUGUGAAAUAUUCACAUCUUACAACAAGACCGGAAGAUGUUGUGUACGCAUGCCCAUGCAGCAAUGGUCUGCAUUGUCAUGGCGAUGGUGUGAACGAAGUUCCACUCGGAGAAAGAGGUCACUGUGUGUCGUGAAAUUGAAGAAAUCCAUCCAAUGGCUGAAGGCCUAGCUUCUUUUUGUUUAAAUAAAUAUGUUACUGUCA